AUGCACCACAUAGAUCAAAUCAUCUUCGGAUGGCGCGGCUGCCUUCAUGUUUUUCAAUUUUUCAAAUUCUGGGCUGGUUUCUUCUUUCGAUUCUCCUUACAUUUAAACAACUUCACCGUGAAGACGAGGCCAAAGUAUGUCUUGGAGAGCCAGGCCACUGUACAGCAGGUGGUUGUUCAGGCAAAUGGCGUGAAGCGACAACCUGCUAGCGGAAAACAGCCCAGCGAAACCACCAAGCCAGCUACCAUGACAUCGCAGUAUUUCAACCCGGAAUAUGAGCCCAAGGAAAUUCAAAAGAAAGAUUUGUUCAGGAAGGCAUCAUACUGGCUGGGGGGAGCUGUUGCGAUUGCUUCACCCGGGUAUCGGCCAAGGAAUUAG